CUGGAAUGAAAACUAAAGGAAUAACGUACUAUUACAAUUUUUGUUUAACUUGUAUAAUUCGAAAUAUCAUUCUAUAUUUGCAAUAUGCUAAAAGUAAAUCCCAUAAUUGAUACUUAUAUAUCGUCAAUAAAAGUUGAUAGCAAUUGUUCUGUGUCAUAUCUAAUAAUGAGAUAUGUAUUUCAAGUAGCAAAAGUAGUGACACAUGGUAUAUUCUUUGCAAAAGCGCCGCGUAUAUGUCAGCUGACAGAAAAAGUAUUAAAUUCUUAGUUUUUUCAUUUCUUCCCCAGUUAAGAAAUUGUUAACCAAAAUCAAUGGUGAAAGCAUCUUUACAUUGUAAACGCAAAAUUUAAAAACGCUAACGAAUAUUGAUCAAAAUUUGUUUGAAAAAUAUAAUUUCCAUUAUUAAUGAACAGUUCGCCCAUUUUUAUAUAUGUUAAUGUGUCAUCUAAGAUAAUGAUUCUAUAUUAUAUAAUUUCCUUCUAAAGAGAUGCUAUAAUGUUGAUGAAUAAAAGGUGAAUGAGAUAUAUUCGAUCUCAUAUAACGAGUGGCGUCUUAAAAAAAAAUGACUGACUCUUCAGCCUCCGGCGUAUCUGCCAUUAUAAGGAUAAUUAACAAUGUAGUGACAUUUGUAAAGUGUAUUACACGAACAGGCUUUGUAAUAUUAAAUAAUAUCUAUUGUAUACCUACGUAUAUAGUAUGGAUGACUUUGUUGUAUCCUGUGAAAGUAUAUCAACCACAAGUAUAUUGGCGAAUAGAGGGCCUUUUUUUUCAUUGGUUACUAGCCAUGGUUUCUAUGUGGACUUGGUCAGCUGGUUAUGAUAUAAUAGAACAAGGCGAUGAUAUAGAGAAGAUUAUUAGUGAAAGAACACUUGUUAUAGUAAAUCAUCAGAGUACUGGGGACGUUCCUAUGUUAAUGACAACAUUUAAUGCAAAACCAAAUGUAUUGCCCAAUUUAAUGUGGAUUAUGGAUAGAAUAUUUAAGUUCACUAACUUUGGCAUAGUUUCUAUUUUACAUCAUGACUUUUUUAUAAUUUCUGGUCGUAAACGAAGAGACGAAAGCUUAAGACAAUUAGAAAAACAUUUGAAAGGAUCAUACAUAGGACUUAAUAGAAAAUGGUUAAUUCUAUUUCCUGAAGGAGGUUUCUUGUGUAAGCGUCGUGAAACGUCACAAAAAUAUGCUAAAAAAAAUAAUUUGCCCAUCCUAGAGAAUGUGAGUUUACCUAGAGUAGGUGCAAUGCAAAUAAUAUUUAACACUAUCGGUCCAACGGAAGAUAAUAUGGUGCAACAUGACCACUUAGACAACAGAGCAAGCACGGCAGUAAAACCAGCUGAAAUCACCUGGGUUCUUGACAUAACAAUAGCAUAUCCUCAGGGUAAACCUAUUGAUUUACCUACAAUUAUAACUGGUUCAAGAUCACCUUGCGAAACGUUCUUGUUUUAUCGACUUUAUCCUAGUAAAAUGGUUCCACGUGAACCAGAGCUAUUGUCUAAGUGGUUAUAUGAUAGAUGGGUAGAAAAAGAAUUGCUUUUGGAAAAUUUUUAUAAACAUGGCGCAUUUGUUGGUACACAUGACUCAGCUGCAAAGGGUUCGAAAAUCCAACAGGAUCCAUUAAGAUUCCUAGUCAUUCAUUUAUUUUUUAUAACAUCUAGUUAUAUACAUUAUAGUAUGUUUCAAUAUAUAUUAUCCUGCUUUUGGUAAGGCAUAUGCUAUUUAAGAAUAGCAUUAAAAUUUUAGGAUAAUUGUAACACAAAAAGUGGAUUAUUCCUGCCUUAAACAAUAUUAACAUUUAUUACAAUAAAAUAACGAGUGUAUGGAUUGUCAAUUCCAAUUGAACUAUUUACAAUUUAGAUACAUUUUAAUGGUUAAUGCCACUUUUUCAUUUAAAACAAUAAAAUAUUUGAUUUAGCACGCGUAUAAUUAUUUGCUUAAAAAGGGAUUAAUCAGAAACAAUUUUCUAAAUAUUAAUGCGGACAUGGCGUUUGAAAUUUUUUCAAGUAAGUUGUUUUUAAAUUUAAAUUAACUUUCUUUCAUCAAAAGGUAACUAUUUUAUACAGAUAAAUCAUAUAUGUAUGUGCGUGUGUGUAUGUGUGCGCGUGCGUACGUAUGUAUGUGUAUAUAUAUAUAUAUAUAUAUAUAUAUGCAUCUUCACAUACAUAUUAUUCUUGUUAUAUCUUAUACAGAGUCAUCACAUAAUAUUUUUCAUAAAGUAAAUAAUUAUUUGCAAUAAUAUAAUUUCUUGAUACAACUUGUAAAAAUCCUUACAUUUUGAUAACUAGUUAUUAAUAUGUAGUUACCAUUAAUUUAGUAUAAAAAUUUAUUUAUUUUAUGUAAGUGCAAAUACAGGAGCAUUUAUUGAAUACUUAUUUGACACUCGUAUCUUAUAAUUACACAGAAACUAGAUCUGCAUUUUCUUAAUUAUAAUAAAUUAUAAAACUAGUGCAUUGCUUUUAUAUAUAUAUAUGUAUAUAUAUAUAUACACACGUAUUAUUUAUAAUGCAUAAUAUAUAGCACACGUUAUGUAGAGUAUCAAUUUUAAGGAUUUAGCAAUCAAUCUCAAGAAAAAUUUUUUUUCUGCAUUCUGUAUAAAGCGCAAGUGUGUUGAUACUUUAUAAAGUGUUUAAAAUCUUAACAUUUUAAGCGAUUUUAUUAUAUCUUGCAUGCAUGUUUCAUAAUAGUUUGUUAUACAUCAAUUGUGAAAUCUAAUAACUUAAUGUUAUUACCUUUAUAAAAACAGUAAUAUUUCACUAUUUGAAAUAUGCUUCUACAACACAUUGUUCACUCUUUCGUCAUAUGUAAUAAGAAAGGAAUACUUUAAGAGUAUAAUUAUAGCAGAAUUUUCUAAAUGGUGGUAUUAAAAAUCAAUAAAUUUGGAAUCUUAUUGUUAUAUUGAAUUAAGUGUGACAUUUAAUUAUGUUAAAUUUUUAUGAAAUUGGAAAUAGUAUUACUUUGAAUUUAUUACAUUUUAUAAACAGGUGUAAUAAAAUUAACAAAAUGGGAUUAUAAAGUUAACAAAAAGAUAUAUUUAAACUCGGUCGUGCCUUGCUCUUAUAAACAAUCUUGCUGUUAACUGUAAAUAGUAUUAUGCAAAUAUUAAGCACAUAACUACUAUUAGGACAGCACAUUAUUAAUUUUUAAGACAUUCUUAAGACAUGUCUUAUUUCCUUCUUAUAAAGUGAUAUAAUGUUUAUAAUAUAAGUCUAAUUUAUAAGUUUCAUUAAUGGAAAGUUGCCUAAUAAAUAGCUUUCCAAAUAAAAAUUGUGGUAAAAAUCAAAAUGUAUUAUUAUCCAAAGUCUAAAAGUAAAAAAAUGAAUACACGUAUUUUUCACCAGAAUUUAAAUUUAAAAAUAAUGAAUUUGUUUAUUACCAUCAAACUUCUAAUAUUUUUUUGUUGGAAAAAUUAAAUGAAUACUAUAAUUGCAAAAUAUACUGCACGUUUUUAUGUGAGAUAUAUAUAUAUAUAUAUAUGUAUAUAUAUAUAUAUAUGUCAUAAAGUAAUAUCAAUCCCGUACUUGUAAAUUACAAAUUGAAUAUUCAAUAUGCAAAGUAUAUGCAAAUGACUAAAAAUACAACUAAUAAAUUGUAUGUGACGAAUUUGAAUUUAGAUUAUGAAUAUUAAACUUUUUAUAUAAUAAUGAUAUAUAGUAAUGAUAUAUAGUAACUUGAAAUUUAUUUAUAAAUUUGUGUCACUCGUAAAGUUAUUUGCAUUUUUCUGCAUUUUAAUAUCUACAAAUUUUAUACACCAAGUACAAAUGCCGUUUAUGUAUAAAGAUAUUAAUGAUAAUAUAUGUAAUUAUAAUUGCAAAGAUCUCCAAGUAACUCUAAAUACUAUCAGCAGGAUUGUUACUAGGAUUUCAAAUGUUUAUAAUUAUUUAAAUAUACAAGUACGGUGCUAUAACAGGAAUUGCAUUUUCUUUUGUAAGUUGUGUAGUAAUUGUGAGAUCUUUAUUAUAGAUUUAAUUUUAAACCUUCAAUAAAAAUGUUAGUUGUACAGUAAGAUAAGCAUAUAACGUACACAUUUCGUUCACAGCUCAUUUCUAGUCCAAUUUAUAAAUUUUGUUUAUAUUGAUGGAUAUUAAAUGACAUUUGUAUGUGGUUAAAUUUAUAUAAAUCUGAAUAUCUUAUAUGUUAAUAAAAUGAUAUGUGUCGUUAUAUAUUUUUUUUAUUUUCGUUAUUACAAGAGAUACAAUAAAUAAGAAUUUUUGAUAACACGUAUUUUAAUAUCAAUUAAAUAUCAUCAAAUCUAAGUAACGAUAAUCAAUCAAUAAAAUAAUCUUAUCACGAAAUGUGUAAUAUUGAAAUAAGGCUUGCUUGUUAUUUUAAUGAUACAUUAAACCUUACCUCUCUCUCAUAAUUUGAUUAGCCAUCGAACUGUAGAAUUCAAAUAAUACAUAAUAAGAAUUGCAGUAAUAAAAGAACACAGCAAAAUUA